CCGGAACCUUCUGCUACUCGACCGCGUUUCUCUACGGAACUAUUUCUUCGCAGCAAGUCUAGAAGAGUUCUGACAGAAAUCUUCACCAUGGCCGAGACCCACAGCUUACAGGACAUGAGGCAGCAGGUGGCGGUUGCAGCCAAAGUCUUCAUUCAGAGGGAUUACACCAAUGGAACCAUGUGCCAGUUCCAGACCAAGUUUCCUUCAGACCUGGAAACCAAGAUCGACAAGCAGCAGUUUGAGGAGACGAUUCGGACGCUGAACAACCUUUACGCUGAGGCGGAGAAGCUGAGCAGCCAGUCGUUUAUUGAAGGCUGUCUGGCGUGCCUCACGGCGUACACCGUCUUCCUGUGCAUGGAGACUCACUACGAGAAGGUUCUGAAGAAGAUUGCUAAAUAUAUCCAGGAACAGAAUGAGAAGGUCUACGCGCCACGAGGCCUGCUGCUGACGGAUCCCAUCGAGAGAGGACUCCGAGUCAUCGAGAUCACCAUCUACGAAGACAGAAGCUUCAGCAGAUAAAAGCCGCCGUUUGGCAGAGCCGAGCUGCUGGACCUGCAGCCGCUGAACAACAGAACCUCCCGGACCCGCGACCUUAAUGCUGCGUCUUUACAAUCGGUUCCUUCCUGCUGUUGGUAAAUGCAUGGGUCAUUUAGAGGAAGGACAUUAAUGCUGACCUGUAUAGAAAUAUCCAACCUUUCUGCGAUGCUUGUUUUAAGCUGAAAUCAUGCAUACAUGUGGAAAAGUAUUUUUUCUUUUAUAUUAUGAUGGACUAAAGCAGAAGCUUAAAAAUGUG